AUGGCCAAGCUUUCACGUGGUGCCCCUGGUGGGAAGGUGAAGAUGACCCUCGGUCUUCCCGUUGGUGCUAUCAUGAACUGCGCGGACAACUCGGGCGCGCGGAACCUCUACAUUAUCUCAGUCAAGGGCAUCGGUGCCCGCCUGAACAGGCUGCCCGCCGGUGGUGUCGGCGACAUGGUGAUGGCGACGGUUAAGAAGGGAAAGCCCGAGCUCCGGAAGAAGGUCCACCCGGCAGUCAUCGUCCGCCAGGCCAAGCCCUGGAAGCGCUUCGACGGCGUCUUCCUCUACUUCGAGGACAACGCUGGUGUGAUUGUCAACCCCAAGGGUGAGAUGAAAGGCUCCGCCAUCACCGGCCCCGUCGGGAAGGAGGCCGCCGAGCUCUGGCCCCGUAUUGCCAGCAACUCUGGUGUUGUGAUGUGA